CUCUAUCCUUCUUCUCGUCUCACCAAAUCUCUUCCAGCAUCUCCAAGAACAGGAAAGAAAACAACCCCUCAAGAACAACAACACGUUCCCCAACAAUGGGUGGUUUCCUCACCCUCGUCGAGGACCGACCUACGCCCAAAAAUGUCUACAACUGGAGAGUCUACGCCUGCGCCACCGUCGCCUCCUUUGCCAGUUGCAUGAUUGGAUACGAUUCCGCCUUCAUCGGCACUACUUUAGCGUUGCCUUCAUUCGUCGAUGAAUUCGACUUUGACUCCAUGUCGACGUCGAAACUUGCACUCGUCAAAUCGAAUAUUGUUUCGGUGUAUCAGGCCGGUGCAUUCUUCGGAUCUCUCUUCGCCUACCCAUCCGCCUACCACGUCGGGCGCAAAUGGAGUCUAAUCAUCUUCUCUCUCAUCUUCACUCUCGGCGCCGGAAUGAUGUUAGGAGCCAACCGCGAGCGCGGUCUAGCUCUCAUCUACGCCGGACGUGUCUUAGCCGGCAUAGGAGUAGGAGCCGCAUCCAUGAUCACUCCAAUUUACAUUUCCGAGAUUUCGCCUCCAGCAGUUCGUGGACGGAUUGUAGGGAUUUAUGAAUUAGGCUGGCAAAUUGGAGGUUUAGUGGGCUUUUGGAUUAAUUAUGGCUUGUCAGAGACGAUGGCGCCGAGUCAUAAACAGUGGAUUAUACCUUUUGCUGUGCAACUCAUUCCGGCGGGGUUAUUAUUGAUUGGGGCUUUUUGGUUAAGGGAGUCUCCGAGAUGGCUGUUUUCGAAGAAUCGAAGGGAAGCGGCGUUGAAGAAUUUGUGUUGGAUUAGGAAUUUGCAGGCGGAUGAUGUGUAUUUGGUGGAAGAGGUCGCGAUGAUGGAUGCGGCGAUGGAAGAGCAAGCGGCUUCGAUUGGAUUGGGCUUUUGGAAGCCUUUUCUCGCUGUUAAGCGGAAUCGCAAGGUUCAAUGGCGCUUUCUGCUUGGUGGACUCCUUUUCAUGUGGCAGAAUGGGUCUGGCAUUAAUGCGAUCAAUUACUACAGUCCGACGGUGUUCAAGUCGAUCGGUGUCGUUGGUACCAAUGCAGGCUUCUUAACCACCGGAAUCUUCGGCGUAGUCAAAACCGUCCUCACCGUCGUCUGGAUGUUCUUCCUCAUCGACAACCUGGGACGCCGCAAUCUUCUCAUCAUCGGCGCCGCCGGCGGUUCAGUCUGCAUGUGGAUUAUCGGCGGCUACAUCAGCACCAAAGACACUUCUGCCGCCGCACAAGCAGCAGCAGCAAGUCAAGGACUGAGCUCGGGUGGAAUUGCAGCGAUUUUCUUUUUUUACUUGUGGACGGCUUUUUACACGCCUUCGUGGAAUGGAACUCCUUGGGUCAUUAAUAGCGAAAUGUUUGACUUGAAUACUCGUGGUCUUGGUCAAGCUUCUGCUUCUGCGAAUAAUUGGUUUUGGAAUUUCAUCAUCUCCCGCUUCACACCGCAAAUGUUCAACAGCAUGGGCCCGAGCGGCUGCGGAGUCUUCUUCUUCUUCGCCAGCAUGAUGAUUCUCAGCAUUUUCUUCGUGUGGUUUCUCGUCCCCGAGACAAAAUCCAUCCCCCUCGAAUCCAUGGAUCGUCUCUUUGACAUCUCACCUCCGAGAAAAGCGAAUAAAAUUAUUUUGGCGGAGGAUCAGAAGCGAGAUGCGGAGUUUAGAGAAAAUGUUAAUGGGGCCGGGUUGACGACGGCGAAGGAGAAGGCGGAUUUGAUUGAGAAGAGUAGUGAGAGGGGGAGUGAGGUUUGAAUGGGGGUGGGGGAGGUGUUGGUUUGUGUGGGUUGUGUUGUGUAGUGUAGGGGUGAUGGAUGGGUAGGUCUGUUCAUCAUCUGUUAUUAUGAUUACCUUACCUAUCAUCGUCACUCAAUAUAUACCUAUGUAAACUCAAUACCGAAG